GUUUCUUGCAGCAUAUCCAUAAACAUUCAAAUUUACAAUUCUUAUUUUAUAAUAAACUAAAUACUGCAUUAUUAGAUUACAUGGAAAUGUUGCUAGAAACAGCUUCUGAACAGGAAAUUAAAACUUUCACAGAACAAAUAAAGGAAGUUUAAGAGCAAUUCGAGGCUCAGGAGCAGCAGAUGCUGCAAAUGAAUAAAGGAAACGUACAAAAUCUACAAGGAAUGGUAUAGUGUUCAUAUAUUCAUCAAACCAAGCAACAACACUUCCGCAAGUAUUUAAAUAUAAUAACAGUUCAAGUGUAACAAAAAUAAGAAAAAUAUUAAUCGAAUCUUCUCUAUAUUCAAAUGUCAUACAACCGCACUUUAUAAGUCAGUUGUAAUGUAUAGAUAUAUUUCGAAUUUUAGAUGUGAAAAAAUCACGUAAAUAUCACACAUACUGUAUGUAAUUUAUUUAUCUUAUUGAUAAUUUAUUGACACGUUUGUUUUUAAGUCUGCUAAGAAAUAUGAACAAUAAAGAUCGUAUAUAUACAUGUGUUCAUUAAUUUUUGCUAUUUUGAGGAGAAUACGUCAAACAUAACCCGUACUGAAAAAGUUUUUAGUUAAUAAGUCCGUAAUAGUUUAUUUAAAAUUACCUGCUAGAUUUGACAAGAUUAUUUUAAAAUAUAAGAAUAGAUUAGAAGGAAUCUGAGAUUGAGAUUUAAAAAGAGGAGCUUGCCAAUAGUUCGAUAGAUGGCAUGCCGGUAGCAUGGUAGAUUUAUCGCAUUUUUGUGACAACCAAAUGCCAGGUCUGAUCACCUGAUCAAGUGAGGUUAGAUUUUUUAAACAACUAAAAGAAAUUUUAUUUUAUUUUAUGUAAAAAAGAAGAAAAUCUGUUUAAAAAAUACAGAAGAAGGAACAAGGUAUCGCAUAAAUACUAAACUGUUGAUUUUUAUAGAACAAUGGGGGAACGUAAAGGAACAAACUUGUACUAUCCACCGGAUUAUGAUCCGCGUAUUGGUGGACUCAAUAAAUUUCUUGGUACCCAUGCAUUACGUGAGAGAGCACGUAAACUUCACAUGGGUAUCCUUAUUAUCAGAUUUGAGAUGCCAUAUAAUAUAUGGUGUGAAGGAUGUGGAAAUCAUAUAGGAAUGGGUGUUCGUUACAAUGCAGAGAAGAAAAAGAUUGGAAUGUAUUACAGCACACCUCUUUAUCAGUUUCGCAUGAAAUGUCAUCUCUGUGAUAAUCAUUUUGAGAUAAAAACUGAUCCUGCAAAUUUAGACUACGUGAUAGUAAGUGGCGCAAGACGUCAAGAAAAUCGAUGGGAUCCUAAAGAAAAUGAGCAAGUUGUACCAGAAACAAAGGAAGUAUCUUGUAGAUUGUACGAUGAUGCAAUGUAUAAAUUAGAACAUGGGCUAGAAGACAAAAAAGUAGCAAAGUCGCGCGACCCUUCCUUGGAAAGUGCAAUAGCAUUGAAAGAAGCUACAUGGAAAGAUGAUUAUACUUCAAAUUGUGCAUUGCGCUCAGCAUUUAGAACGAGGAAAAAGGAAUUACAGAAAAAGCAAGGUAUUGAUCAUAUGUUGCUUAAAAAAAGUGGCUUAAAUAUCGAUCUAGUAAAUGAACACGAAGAUGACGUGAAGUUGGCUAAGUUACUAAUGCAUAAAAAAGACAUAAAAAAAAAUGGACACAAUCCUUUGAAGCGACUGGUUUCCAUUGUGCGCUACAGAAAUAAGUCAAGAAAAUCAUUACAUUCUACAUCGAUCAACGAUGUCAAGAAACAGAAAAAUCAAACACCAAAGCUACCAGAGUUGAACCAAGCACCUUCAACAUCAAAAACAGCCACUAGUACAUUAAGUACGUCGCUGGUUACCUACGAUAGUUCCGAUACAGAUAAUGAUUCAUAGUCUUUUCUAUUUGUAAAAAAAAUAUGUAAUAUACUGUAAUUUAUGUAUCUAAUUAAUACAAUUUUUACUGUUUUGUUUAGUAAACAUAAUGUAUCAUAUUUAUAUACGAUGAUUUAACGUUCGUAGUGAUGUAACAAGCGAAAGUAUGUAAUUCCUUAUUUCAUAGAAAUUUUUGGCAUUGUUAACUAGAAGUUGUACCUUUCUUAGAUUUCAGGUUCCCUUUUCUUUCCACUCGGAAGUUAUCAGUUACUAACAUGUAUAUGUAUCUUAUUUUUUCGUCGUUUUGGGUUAUUUUAGA